AACCACAUGGCAUAUAGUUGUUGGAGAUGAUUUAAAUGAAAAACAAUAAUCAAUUUAUAUACAACUGACUGAAAGAUUGAAAAUGGAUGAUUUAUUUGAAGUAAUAUUUACAAGUGAUUCAUCUGGACAAUUAUGUAGCACUUGUGUUUGGAAUCCAAUAACUGGCAAUGUUUUGCAUUACUACAAAGGUGGAGGAUCGGCAACUCCAAAGACAGUUGGUCUAAUUCGAAGCGAUUACAUGGUGGCAGCAGAUUCACAAAAACCAUUACUUCAUAUAUGGCCACUAAAUAGUCAAGAACAAGUAUCACAUAUGCGAUUUGUGAUGCCUAAUAAAGUUAAUGUUUUGGCAAUUUCACCCGAUGGAAAUUAUUGUUUGGCAGCCAUAAGCGAACAUAUAUACAUUUGGCAAAUAUCAACGGGUAACUUGUUAGCAAUGAUCAGUCGUCACUAUCAAGAUAUCAACUGUUUAAAAUUUGUCGAUUCCGGCUCACAUUUUAUAAGCGGUGGUGAGGAUGGAAUGUUAAUUAUAUGGUCACUGGAAAAUGUUGUCUCUGUCAAAAAUGGUAUUUCACAAAGAGAUGCAGGUAAAACAGAUCCAAUUUGUGUCUUUACCGAUCAUUCUUUACCCAUAACAGAUAUCUACAUUGGGCAUGGUGGGAUUCAUUGUCGGUUUGUAUCGGUUUCAUUAGAUCGCACUUGUAAAAUAUACGAUUUCGCAACUCAAACUUUAUUAUUAUCAGUUGUUUUCGAUGUUAAAUUAACAGCUGUUACAAUGAAUUCAUUAGAAACAACUAUUUUCACUGGCGAUGAAGCUGGGAAUAUUUAUGAAUUUUGUAUGUUGAAUCCUCCACGUACUGCUGAAUACUAUGUUAAUAAAGAGAGUAAAAAUGUAAUUUAUAAGGAACAUACUAAAAAAGUAAAUUGUUUAUCAGUAUCUUUAGAUAAUCAAACACUUUUGUCAGGAUCAGAUGAUGAACAAGUUCUUCUUUGGCAUAUUCCUAGUAAAAGUGUUAUAAGAACAAUUCCUCAUAAAGGAUGUGUAACAAAUGCAUUCUUUUCAAUAGCAACUAAAAAUUUAUUUGUUGAAGAAUUUCAUCCUAGUAUAGUUUUACAAACUUUCAAAAGAAAUUUUGUUGAGGCUGGUCAAGGCAAGGAGGAUGGUAAUGUUAUUCAAAUUUUAAAUGUUGAUAAAGAUUAUAUAACAGAUUUAAAUAGUGAAUGUUUCAAAACUAUUUGUGAUGAUACAAAUAAUCAAUUUACGAAAGAAGAAUGCUUACAACAAGAAGUUGAUAAAUUGAAGAAAUUAAAUAAAGAAUUAUAUCAAUUUGCAUUAAAUAAUAUUGUUGAGCAACAUGUACUAUUAACAACCGACGCUAAUGUACUAACGCCUGGAAAAUUUGUUAGGAAACGUAAACUGGUGAACAAUAAACAGAAAUAAAUGCUUUAAGCUUUAA